GGCAUUCGCGCGCUUUUGUGGUUUGUUUUCGUUGUGUUCGGUAUGUAGCUGUAUUUCGGUGCUUGAAAAUCACCAAAAAAACGUAGAAAAAUGGUUUCAAUUGAAUCGAUUCGUGAACAGUUUGACGAGCUGGGCAUAGAACCAUCUGAUGAAGUUGUAAAUAAGUGUAUUGAAAUUUGUAUCAACAACGAUAUCACCGAUCCAGUAGAGUUCGUGGAACAAUGGAUGGCUUACAGUGUGUCGAAAUUGAGUGGUGCCGAACCAACGGUAGCCUAUCUAAACGAGAUGGAAGCCCACGAAUACACGAGCAAAGCACGGAAGCUAACGAAAGUAUCGAGCAUUGCUGCCACCAGCGGGAGCAUCGGUACGUCUCCACGAAUGGAUUCCAAAGUGUCCAAAAUAACAACCUAUCGCAAUGUGGAUUCAGUCGAGCAAGAUGUGUUGGAAAUGUACGGUUGUAUUACUCCCAAGGCUAAAAAGACGGUCUCUCGCUUGCAACAUAAUGUGAACACUCCGAACGGCGUUCGAGGAGGAGGUAGUGGUGGAAGUCCAUUCACAACCGUUACCUACUCUCCAUUGUCCGCGUCGUCUAAGAAGAAUGAUCCAGAUGCACCGAGUAAAGCUGGACAGAUCGUGUACACGUAUGGCAGUGCUAAGUUGCUGAAGCAAUUUAACUGGCUACCUACCACUACCGAUGAAGGAAAGGAACCUAUCACGAUAGAUGACGAUGUAUCGCUGGGCGAUCGAAAUAGGCGAACGGGCGCUGGCCGCGGCAAGGGAAUCGGCUUCACAAUAAAGUCGGCACAGUUUGCUAACGAUGGCUGCAAAUACAUGUAUGAUUCUAGCUACGAUCGAGUGAUGAUUCUUGGCGAUCGGAUCUAUGAAUGCGGCAAUGCCAUCUGCAAACGGGUGGCGCUGGAAGCAGUAAAGCCGAAAAGUCACGAACAGCCUGCUAAGAAUAACGAUGAGCCUGACGUUAAAUCGAAUUCCGCUUUGGACACGCCGCUACCUGUCAAAGAGGAACCCGCUAGUGAGGAGACUGAUGUUGACAUCGAACGAGAAGAGGAUAGAUUAUCCAGCUGGUUUGAAGGUAUCAAGGUGCAUCACGUAGACUACCCUAGCUCGGAGCUCAUCCGCGUUCUAGGCAGGAUCGUCGUGGAGUCGUCAUCAACGACCACGAACAGCAGCAGCGGCACAACAUCGGACAAGCAGGUCGCCUCCAACCGGAACCCAACUACAACUAGCAAACUAUCCAUCGUAGAUUUUGACGAGCACACACUGCGUUACACCAGGCUUGAUUUGAGCAAGGUGCAGGUUCCUUCUUGGUGGUCACUUUUCCCGGGCCAAACUGUGCUACUGGAGGGCAUCAACCCACGUGGAACGUUGUUUUCCGUGAAGCAAAUCCACUGCGAACGAACGCUCGCACUACCGCGUGUGCCGAGCAGUCUCGACAAGACCUUAACGUGUGUGAUUGCCAGUGCCCCCUUCACGGAUCGAGACGAUUUGCUAUACGAAAAGCUUUCCAGUUUGUUGGUGUACUGCAGUAACAACCCACCUGAUGUGCUGAUCCUUACCGGGCCAUUCGCCGACGCUAACUGCAAACUGUACGCGGAAGUGGCUGAAACGUUCGACGAAUACUUCGAGAAGAUCAUAAGCACAAUCAUGAGCUCAAUCGGCAUUUAUACCGAAGUGUUCGUAGUGUCCCACCAUGACGAUUUGGUGAGCUCCUUCGUGUACCCUACACCACCGUACAAAGUGGCAAGCUUCUACAAGAACCUGCAUUUCCUGCCCGAUCCUUGCGUGUUCAACCUCGAGGGUGUAGAAAUCGGAAUUACGACGGUAGAUGUGAUCAAGCAUCUCAUCGAAAGCGAAUGUACGGCCGCCAAUGUAACGAUCGGCAGUGCGCCCCCUAUCGGCGGUGACAAGAUUAAGCGUGCCUACGGUCACCUCUUUCAUCAAGCGUCGUUUUAUCCCCUCAACCCGCCACCAGAGGACGUUCCACUUGACGUUGAUAUGCUGAACGAGUUCGGUCGGUUAAACCGUGUACCAAAUAUUAUGAUUUGCCCAAGCGCCCUUAACCGAUACGUUAGGGAAAUAAAUGGAUGCGUUUGUAUAAAUCCUGGCUUCGUUGAUGGACAUUCGGCCGACGGUUCGUACGCUAGAUUGAUCAUUCAAGCGCCCGAAAUUGACGAACAGCAGCAGAGAGAAAGCCAAUCUGACUCAAUACAACCGUCACCUGCAAGUUACAUUGCUUGUCAAAUAGUGAAAACAUAAUUGCGUGACUAAUAAAACGAGAAGCGACCGAAUAUGUUAUCGCCAGUCCGGCCGGCAUCAAGGAA